AUGUACUCAGGAGACUUAACUACAUUUAUUCAGAGGAUUGCACAGCGGGUGGAAUUGAUAUAUAGGAAAUGGUACUCAACACCAAAACCUGUGCAAACUGGAAAGAAACUCCAAGUCGAGAGGGACGGCGAGGUUUACAAAAAGAUGAUGGCCACGAAAGCAAAAGCUGUUGCACAAAUCUCGCGCCAGCAAGAAGCGCACGCUGAGAUAGUAGAGUCCAUGUGUUGGAAAUUGGGUCGUGUCAGAAGGCGGUAUUUCAAACCAGAAGAAGCCCGUGUCGUCAAAGUCAAAGAAACCAGAAGCAGCAGCAACCGCCCGGCGGAAAAAGACUUGCGAUGA